AUUGCCAGAAGGAUUUCUAUACCACUGCCACCUGGAGGUGGCAUGUCUGCCGGCUUGGCUGUGCCAGCCCUCUGCCAAUGGCGUCCAACUCUGCCGCGCUUCUAUUUGCGCUGGGCGUUUUCUUAUUGAGCGCUUUCCUUCCCCAUCACCUCCUUCAAAGGGAUUGCUGUGCAUGCAGACCAGAUGCAGUCCAUACAGCAUUGCUUUGAUCGGUCUGGCACCUGUUCGCUGGUGUGGACGCGGCCUUCAAAUCCUGAUGAAGCUGCAGUUCCAAAAGCGUUUCAAGCUCACAAAUGCCAGACAGUGAAUCUGAGAAGCUGGGAAAGGCAUGCUGUUCAUCAGUGUAUCGCUCCAAUUGCCAGCUUAGCUGACAACCGGCAUUAUGCACCACUUCAGCGGCAAUUCGUACCUUUUCGGUGGAGGGUUAAGAAAUCCAGUAGCAGUAAGGAGAAGAACUUUCCACUAGCUGCCGCAAGCUCUCGGCGGAUGGUGCCAAAAGCCAGCUUAGAUGCGGAUUUGUCUGAGCAACUGUCUGGACACAGGAAGGAGGGCAGCAUUACAAAAGUAGCCCUGGGGUUAGCAGUGCUGGUGGCAGCAGAUCAGGCACUUCAAUCUGCCCUCCCGAACGCCGCACUCCCCAGCGCCCUGGUUGGCUGCCUGCUGCUGACCUCAGCGCUCCUGGUCAUCGACCAAGCCAGCCAGCCCUUUGCCCGUGAUGUCAUCGCGUUCUUCGGACCUGCGACGGAGUUCCUCCAGAGAUGGCUGCCCCUUUUUUACACCCCCGCCAUUGUGAUGCUUCCGCAAGUCCUGCGGAGCAUUCCAGUGGUGGAAGGAAUCAAGAUUGUCUUAGUGCUAGUGGUUGGCCUCGUCACUUCGUUUUUUCAGGCGGGAGGUUUGGCUACGUUGGUGCGAAGACUCAAGCCCAGCGACCGACUGCGGUCUGCGGAGCACAUGCCUAACGUGGCUCCUUACACCUUGACUGAGCUCAUUCCCUGGGCUGCGCUCACUGCUGGCGCGGGUCUGGUCUACUACGUGGCACCCACCUUGGCCGGGUCAGAGGCGCUGACCGCAGCUCCCUGCUUGCUAGGCGCCACUGUUACGGGCUUCCUGCUUAGCGCCUGGCUCCCCGGCCCUUUGAAGCGGCUCAUCCACCCGUCCCUAGUGGCCGCUGCUCUCGUAAACGCACUCGCUUUUGUGGGAGGCCAGAGCCUCGGCCGUGGCUGGGACUCCAUCCUAGGGCUGUACUCGACCGGCGGCAUCCGCUCUCCCGGCGCCGCCGAUAUCUUGAGCUCGUUCAUCGGACCGUCCAUCCUGGCGCUCGCGUUCACGCUGAACCGACAGAAGAAGCUGAUCCGCGACCACCUGCCGGAGCUGGGCGUGGUUGUACCCCUGUCGGCGCUCUUUUCUCUCUUCUCCGCCGCCUUUUUGGCGCGCCGCCUUCGCCUGGACCCCGCCCUCAGCGCGUCCCUGGCCGCGCGCUUCGUCUCGCCGCAAGUGGCCGCACCGCUGGCGCCUCUGAUCGGCGGUGACCCCUCCCUCCUGGUCGGGGCGAGCGUCCUGACCGGCGUCCUGGGCUCCAACCUCAACCGCUGGCUCCUCUCGCUCGCCCGGUUCAACGACCCGGUCGCACGCGCGCUGGCCGUCAGCUCGUCCAGCCACGGCCUCGGCUCCGCGGCCCUGGCAGCCAAGGACGAGGACCUGCUCCUGUUCGCCCAAGUGGCAUACACGCUGACCGCGCUCUUUGCGCUCGCGGCGUGUUCCACCCCAGUCGUGGCGGGGCAGCUGGCGCGGUUGGCCGGGGGGUGACGCAAUGAGCUACUUUGCUGAGGGACGGAGUUGGUUGAAUCAGGUUGGCCUUGUACAAAUCAAUAAGGAUCACGAGAGCAGGUUUGAUAGGGAGCUGUUGCGUUGAAAUAAGUGUUAGCGAUAGGUUUGGAUGCAAGGAUGCGAAUACUUCCUUAGAAGCACCCUGUUGUGUAGCAUCAUCGUCACUCGGUUCCAUGCUAGGAACGUCCGGCCCCAGGUUUGUUAAAAAAGAGAUGCUUUGAAACUAGGGUGUGUUCUUGUUGACAGUGAUAGGGCGAACUAAAUGCGGAAAAACUGAGCGAGUUCACGCAGAUCGAGUUUGAGUAUACAUAUGCGCUUAAGGUAGUUCAGUGUAUGUGGGGACGGUAGUGUAGUGUUUGUUGUAAAUAAGAAUUAGACCGGGACCUUCAAGAAAAGACAAAUGGACUUCUGGCUUGUUCUGGCACGCAAAUGUUGGAUCCUAGGCUUGCCUUCUGUUUU